AUGCUCUUCGAAACCGCCAUCACAACCCUCGCCCUCGCGCUCAGCGCCUCCGCCCUUGCCGUCCCGAACCCAGUCGAGGUGUUCAAGCGCGCGCACACCGCCGGCACCGUGAUAAGCAAGUGCUCGAAGCCCGGCGUGCUGGCGCUCGCCUACGACGACGGGCCCUACCAGUUCACGUCCUCGCUGGUGGACACCCUGGACAAGGCCGGGGUGAAGGGGACCUUCUUCUGGACCGGCACCCUGUACGGCUGCAUCUACAACCAGCAGGCCGCGGUCAAGAAGGCGUAUGAAAGCGGGCACCAGAUUGCCUCGCACACAUGGUACGGCAAGCAAACCCACACCAGACACACUUUACCUAGUUUCCCAGGUCCAGCUAACCCGCGAACUCCCCGUUCCAAAAGGACGCACCCGCACAUGGGCAGCAUGGGCGCGGCGCAGAUCAAGAGCGAGAUGGAGAAGGUGGAGCAGGCGUUCGUGAACCUGGUGGGCAAGAAGCCGCAGUACAUGCGGCCGCCGUACCUGGAGACGGGCGGGCAGUUCCUCGGCGUGAUGAAGGAGAUGAACUACACGGUGAUCACGGACGACGUCGACGCGGGCGACUGGAACAACCAGUCGCCGCAGCAGAGCCAGCAGAAGUUCCAGCAGGCCGGCGCCGCCGGCAACGGCCACAUCCCCCUCAUGCACGAGACUUACCAGGGCACUGUCACCACCUUGACAAACUGGCUCAUCGACUGGGCUAAGACGAACAAUCUGCAGAUUGUUACGGUUGCCGAGUGUCUCGACGAUGCCAAUGGCGCCUACAAAGAAGGGACGUUUGAAGGCAAUGGGCAAACCACUUGCUGA